GAAUGCGGCAUUUAGUUUUUAUAUCUAUGGUUGCAACCAUAUAUUGUUUCUGAGUUUUAUUUGUAUCGUCGAACAAAACACCCAAGGUAAAAUAAUUAAAUUUACAUAUUAUAUAAAAAAUAUAGAUUUUUAACUGGGGAAAUGGCUUUUUCUGUAAUCAUUUAUCAAAGAUAAAAGAUGUUCUUCUAUAAAUCCGGCAAAACAAUUAUAGCAGUAAACAUGUGGGAUAGUAAAACAAAUAACACUGUCGUGCAUUAUAAAUAAUAUGCAAUAUAGUAAUUAAUACAACCCGGUUUUCCCCAAGAUUUUAAAGUGAACGAGCUGUGUGCAUUUCAUCUACCUUAAAUGAUAUCACAUUAGCGAUGUGAACACAAUUAUUAAGCCUAAAUGAAUGCUUGACAAGCUUGGGUUCCGUAUGACAAUAAAUGACAAUAUUUUUUCUAGUCUAACCAUCUUAAACUGGGGCCAUAACGUUUCUGUACUCCACGUAAAUAAUAAAGUAUUGGAAUUAGUUGAGGAAUGACACCGUUGUUGUGUUUAUAUGCCGCAGUUCCACCAUUCACUUGUAUGUGGUUUAUCGUCGGUUUUACCCUUACCAAUAUGGCGGCGGCGUUGGCGUACGAUCCAGUGGACAAUGCGCGUUUAGGUAUAUGUCUGUGGUUUCAAAAAUUACUUAAAAUUGUUAGAUUUACUCAUUAUUUUAACAACAAUGAUACUGUAAUGGUUGUUGGCUCGAUAUGACAAAAGUUAUAAUAAAAUGGGUAGGCCUAUUCAUUUUUGUAUCUAAAACCUUUGACAUUAUUCAUGAAAUUGAAUGUUUUUCACAAUAAACACAUAGGCCUACUGAUUAAAAUGUAUACCUUGUAAUUCAGUAUGGCGCUAGGAUAAGCGUCCGCCAAAAGCUUAAAUGCAAAAAAGGGGUGUAAUAAUUAUCAUUCCGUGAUAACAAUGUUUUUUGGCGAAUAUUAUAUAACUCUAAAUAAUGUUAUUAUGACCAUUAUAUGAAUACGUUUGCGGUUUCUGAUGCGCAACAUCACAUGCGUCGCUGAUCACGUGUCUCUCUCCGCCCUGCUCGUGCUCGUCUCCUGACACCCCCUCCCGCACACCCGCAUCACAACUUCACUUCGGUAAUAUCGGCUUUACAUCGCAACAUCACGCCAGCAUAACCAAACCUUAAUGUAAACACUACAUCAACGGUAUUUAUCAUCGAUAUAUAUCCAGCGCGGGUUCGCGAUGGUUGUGCAGAACGGAAGCUGAGGGACGAUGUCAUGGAAACAGAUGCGUAAAUAAGCGCAUCCCGUCCCACAGAGGUGUCUGAAGAGGUAAUGAUUCUCAGAAACCAGCCCUGUGAAAAGGCGACAUGAACUUCUCACCAAUUCUCUCCCUUGUAUCGCUGUUUUGGAUCAGAGCAUCAGGAGAGUGCAGGCAGGUGGCUACCUAUUCGGAGAGUGUGGUGUCCCCAGAGCUGAGGAGCAGCAGUAUUUUGCGGGUCCCGGAGGUGUCAUCUUUGGCCCAGUGCGCAGGAGCCUGCUGUGAUCUCCCAGGUUGUGACCUGGCCUGGUUUUUUGAGCGCCGCUGCUAUGUGCUAAGUUGUCAGCGCAAAGAAAACUGUCAGCCAAAGCAGAGACCCGGUACUGACUCUCUCCUGGCCUUCCUGCAACGCGGGCCUCCGCAGACUUUGGUUCUGCAGUCCUUAGUGCGAGGAGAUUCUUUUCCUAACCACUGGCAACCUCUGCCCAGGCACAGGGGCUCUGAAGACCCCAUGAAGGAUCUGGCCUUGCUGGAUGGAAUUCAGGAUUUGGACACCACCGAUGCUGACUAUGCUGAGAGUUUUCAAAGUUUAGAAGACGAAAGAGUUGACAGGGUUGAAGAUCGGGAUGGUGCAGCGCUAGAACAGGAAGAACGCCCAGGAGUAUAUGAAUGGCCACUUGUCCAAAGAAAAGAAGAAUUCAACCAAACAGAGACAGAGAGGGUUGAGGGAGGACUGACAGCAGUGCAGGACUCUCUUGAAAGCAGCACCUUGACCCCAAGUCACUUACCUGAAUUGAGAAAUGAAAGUAAAUCCUCUGUAACUGACGCAGAACCCACUGGUUCACCCUUAGCAACUACUGUGCUCAGCGUGAAGGCUGAAGAAGACCCCAAGAACAUUUCAUCUGUUACUGAGCCCAGCAUGCUGCAAUAUGUCCGCACGAAGCCCCUGAAGUUAAGCAGACUUGGUACUUUCUUUACAACUCAGACCAGCACUGAACCCACAUCACAGGUGAUCACAGAAGAGCCAGUGAGAACUCUGGCUGUGUCUAUCGGAGGCCCAAUUGAAGUGACGCUGCCUCAAAACACUGUUGAGUUUACGGCGUCAGUCAAUCCAGAAGACACUGCAGUGAAUGUAAACAUGCCUCCUAAAGCCAUCGCAAUGCCCGAAAGCCAGGAUGUGUUUCUCCAGCCUGGCGCAGUUUUCAUCAUCAAUGCCAGCCAAAGCUUGGAUGAUGCUGGGAUAGUCAGUUACCUGUGGGAGAAGGUGAAUGGGCCUGUAUGGAAACCUGAUGGACCUGUUGACACCCCUGUACUCCAGCUACACAACCUUUUACCAGGAGAAUACACCUUUAGGUUGACAAUUUCUGAUUCGAAAGGGCUGACUGACUCCACCACUGCCACCAUAAGGGUCAAAAGUCCAAAAGAUGACCCUCCUCAGGCCAGAGCGGGCCAUGACCAGGUCAUCACUCUACCUCUCGACCAUCUCACCCUGUGGGGUAACCGAAGCACAGAUGACAAUGGCAUUAUCAGCUUCUUCUGGACUCUCCAUCCCAGCAGCCUGACCCGAGAGGUUACCAUGCAGGGUGUGAGAUCACCAUACCUGCAGCUCUCUGACCUCCAGGAGGGUCAGUACACAUUUCAGCUCACAGUUACUGACACCAGAGGUCAACAAGACUCAGACACCAUCUCAGUCACGCUGCUGCCUGCAAACAGGGCACCAGUUGCUAUAACAGGACCAGACAUGCAGUUCAUUCUCCCCGUCUCCACCAUCACAUUGAAUGGCAGUGGCAGCACAGAUGAUCAAGCUAUCAGCAGCUGCCAAUGGGACAUGCUCAGUGGCCCUCCAGGCUCAAAGAUGAAGGAUGCCAACAAACCAGUUGCUAUAGUGACGGGCCUGAGAGCUGGGAAUUACAAGUUCAGGCUGACAGUGAAAGAUGAGCAGGGAGAAACAGACAGCGCAGUAUUGACCAUCACCAUCAAAGACGCCAAAAGCGUGCCACUUGUUGCCCAUGCUAGCGGCAGCCACACCCUGACUUUACCCAACAACUCACUGGUGCUCAGGGGCUCCGUGUCCAACAGCGGAGUGGCCAAUGUGUCUUUUCUUUGGGUCAGAGAUGAACAGAGUCCUGCUGCAGGGGAUGUUUUAUAUGGUACAGAUCAUGAGGCCUUCCUUUACCUGGCCAACCUGGUGGAGGGAACAUACCUGUUUCAACUCCGGGUCACUGACGCCCUGGGCCGGUCAAGCACGGCCACAGCUACCAUAGAAGUGCGUCCCGAUCCACGCGAGCGAGAGGAGGUGGAGCUUGAGCUGCAGGUGGGCGUGGCUCAGGUCAGUCAGCAGCAGCAGGACACAGUGGUCAGACAGCUGGCCGCUCUACUGCAUGUUCUGGACUCAGACAUUGCACUGAAGGGUCUGCAUGGCCAGUCAGACAUCAGCACAGUGUUUAGGUUCUCAGUACAGGGUCCCGAUGGAACAAUCCCAGGCCCUAAACUCGCCCGGCUCCUGAGAAACCAGCUGUUACACGAGAAGACCGACUUCUUACUCUUCAAGGUCCUGCGAGUGGACACAGUCAUGUGCUUACUGCUCUGUUCUGGACGUGGACAGUGUGACCCCAUUACAAAGAGCUGUUCCUGUGACCCCCUCUGGAUGGAGAACCCCAUUCGCCGUUUCCUUGACGAUGGCGAGAGCAACUGCGAUUGGAGCGUAUCGUAUGUCACCAUCUCUUGUUUGGUGACAGUCAUGUUCUUCUUGUCUGUCAGCUGGGUUUGCAUCUGCUGCUGUAAAAGAGGUAGACGCACAAAAGUAAGGAAGAAAACCAAGUACACAAUACUAGACAACAUGGAUGAGCAGGAGAGAAUGGAGCUCCAGCCAAAGUACAACAUCAAACACAAGAGCACAGAGCACAACUCCUGCCUGAUGAUGUCAGAAUCAGAGCUGGACAGCGAACAGGAAAACAUUUUCAACUACACAAGAAGCGAUAAAGCCCGGAACAGAGCCAACGGAGCGGUCCGAAACGGAGACGCUUUCAGCCUCUGCCCUGUUGAAGGUUGAGUCCCAGGUGAACACAAGGACAGGGUGGAAUAUUCCACAGUGCUGAUGAAAAAUCAUCUGAAAUUUUACAAAACUGACCGACUAUUGAAUGCGAUUGGUCUUGUUAUGAAUUCUCAUUUGUUUACUGGAUGCAUUUUGACUUUGAUUUUCAAGUAUUCUAUUUGAAUUUAGGAGCUGUGCAUUAAAUUCCCAAUCUCCCUUAAUAUGCGCUUAAUAAUGCUUGUAUGUUCAGUGAUGCGUUGCAAGCGAUUCGCAUCCAGUUUAUUUUGCUAUGGGGAGAAAUUACAUAUAACUGACGCAGAGAAAGCCAUUUUCUUUAUGCAAAACAAUUUAUUUUAACUUAUUUAUUAACCAAUGUUAUGUAUUUAUGUGCCUGAUCGACAAGGAUUAUUUUGUCUCGUUUGAGAUAUGACUGGUCUAAAGUUUGCUUAAACUGAACAUGCAGUAGAAGCCAUUUAUACUGAGUAUAAAUGUUUAUUUAUACCCAGUGGUUAUUUAAAUGUUGAGAUAUUUAUUAACAAACAUUAUCCAAUGAGCAGAUUUUGUCAUAUCUUAACAAGGAGAAAUUUGGUCUAGUUUUAAAUGUAGAAAUAAGAUUGUGGCCCUAUACAGAGAUAUGUGUAGUGGCUGUGUGUUUGUGACAUCUGUCUGUAAGAGAAUUAAAGGUUUGUUUUUGCACCUCGA